AUGCCUCAGAACGAGUAUAUGGAACGUCACAAAAAACUCCACGGCGAGAGAUUCGAUGCCGCAGAGAGGAGACGCAAGCGCAUUGCCCGAGAGGGCCACGAAGCCUCUAAAAAAGCUCAGAACUUCCGCGGUUUGCGCGCGAAGCAGUAUGCUGAGAAGAGGAGGAAGGAGAAGAUCCAGAUGAAGAAGCAGAUCAAAGCGCACGAGGAACGCAAUGUCAAGACGUCCGAGCCCGCCGAACCCUCUACCGAGGCCUUGCCGCAAUACUUGCUGGAUCGCAGCAACGACAAGAACGCCAAAGCACUGUCCAGCGCUAUCAAAAACAAGAGGAAGGAAUCGGCAGCACGAUUUUCGGUUCCGCUGCCGAAGGUCAAGGGUAUCUCUGAGGAAGAGAUGUUCAGCGUAGUGAAGACGGGCAAGAAGACAGCGAAGAAGUCCUGGAAGCGAAUGAUCACAAAACCCACCUUUGUCGGUCCUGGAUUCACCCGUCGUCCCGUCAAAUAUGAACGUUUCAUUCGGCCAAUGGGUCUUAGGUACAAGAAAGCCAACGUCACUCAUCCGGAACUGGGCGUUACGGUGCAGCUGCCGAUCAUCUCUGUCAAGAAGAACCCACAGAAUCCGCUCUAUACUCAGUUGGGCGUCCUGACUAAAGGAACGGUCAUUGAGGUCAACGUGAGUGAGUUAGGUCUUGUCACGGCGGGAGGAAAAGUCGUCUGGGGUCGUUACGCUCAGGUCACCAAUAACCCUGAAAAUGACGGCUGCCUCAACGCUGUGCUUUUGGUCUAA